UACCCACGCCCCCUUGACGAAGAUGAUCCUAGAGAGACCGGAAAACCGGGGUUGGGAUGGGUUGGGGUGCAGGAAGGAGAGGAGUCUGGCAGCCAGCUCCGGAGGGCCCAGACUGCCGGCUGCUGCUCCUCAGGACAGGUAGGAGGCUCCUCAGCCUCCCGGCUCAGGGCUAGAGCUGGGGUUCCUGACUGCACCCCCUCAGCCUAGGGGUGGCUAACUGCUGGGCCGCUGGUGAUCUGAGGUCUCCGAUGCCCUGCCCUCUUGCCUGCUUCCGGUGGCCUCGGGGCCCGGCCAGGUCUUGGUCCAUCCCCAACUCUCCAGCCUCCGGUUCCAACCCCCGCUCCCCAGGAGGAGAGGAAGAAGAGGAGGAUGAAGAUGGGGGCUCCGGGGCCGGCCCCACCGAGGUGGAGUCCCCCAUCCUGCCCCCCCCCUCGCCCAUGGACUGCCUCAUCUGCGUGUCCCCCUUUGAUGGGCUCUUCAAGCUCCCCAAACGCCUGGCCUGCGGCCACGUCUUCUGCCUGGAGUGCCUGGCACGGCUCUCGCUGGCUACCGUGGGCAGUGGGGAGGCCGUGGCCUGCCCCAUGUGCCGGGCGCCCACCCGCCUGCCUCCCCGCCGUGGCCCCCCUGCGCUACCCACUGAGCCUCGUCUCCUGCCCCCGGAUGCCCGGGCCCCGGGCCCCGGCCUGGGCCUGGACUCGGUCCGCUUUGACCGUCGCCGGGGUCUGCUUUACCUCCGUCCGCCCUCGGCCAAGGCUCGGGAGGGGCCCCCUCUGCCCGCCCCUCUGCGGCUGGGCCGGCCACAGACCAGGACCCUGGGCUGGGACCGCUCCACCUGGGCUUUCCACGCGGCCGUCACCCUGGCCGUGCUGGUCACCGCGGGCCUGGUGGUCUCUGGCGUCUACAUCUUCUUUCUUAUCCCUCACUCCACCUCCACUGCCAUCGUCCUCCCACGGCCACCCGUGACCACUCCCGCCAACUCCUCUUGGUUUCUGCCCCCCGGGACGGCACCCUCCGGGCCCUCGGCCUGGCCUCCACUCCUGGCACAGACAGAACCUGGGGAAGACGGGCUCCCCACGGAGUUCUCUAGCCCUCCGGACCCCGGGCCCCCCCCACGUGGUGGCCAAGAAGGGGCCGGCCCCCCUAGCUCAGGCCCCAAGUUCCCCGGGAGCCGGCCAGGAGGAGAGACCAUGGAUGAUGACCCUCUGGGGGACUGAGAGCAGCACCCACCUUGGUGGUCCCCUGGGGCCUGUGGGCCUGUGGCCUGGCAGAAGAUUCAAACCUAGAGGACACGGAGGCAGCCCAAGCAGAUCUGGGGCCUUAGGCCUCCAGAAGCCUGUCCCAGGCUGGGGAAACUGAGGCAGGCCAGGUAGGUAGACACAAAGGCACGAACAAGGGUGGCAUCGAGUGGUGCGGAGGGUCACUCUUGGCACCGGCCAAGCCUGGCUGUGUUGGGGGCUAGCCUCGGGCCCUGGAUGGCUCCAGGGAGCAUCGCCUAGAGCCAGCAGGGACUUUAGAAGGGCCCAGGGUGAGGCCCAGAAAAGGGCAGGCCCCGGCCGCAGGUCCUGCAGGUAGUGAGUGGGCAAGCAGGGCAGGGGGCUGGAGUGCUGGUGCUGAGUCAGGGGAGAUGGUGCUGUGGGUUCAAAUUCUCCCAAGGACACCAGGCUUUGUUGGGGAUUAUCAAGCCUCUUCUUCCUCCUGGAGCUUCCUUCAUCACCUCGGUCUCUCCAAGUCCCCUCCGCCAUCCUCUCAGCUCCCCACCAUGGCCCUGCUUGUGAAAGCUCCCCAUCAGUUCUGAAGCCCCUCCUCUCUGUCUGUCAGCUGUGCCUAGGCUCCUGGGAGCUUGGGAAGUCAGCUGCUGGGCCCUGAUCCUGGCCCUGCCUCAGUUUCCUUCCUGGGGUGCGUGAGGCUUUGGGCUGUGGGUCUCCCUGUCUGCAAGCCCAUCUCCCUAGCUCCAGCCUCCCCAUCUGAAGGACCCUGCCUCCCAUGGGACCCUCCUUGUGGCACGCAGCUAGAGACUUGUUACAGUCCUGCCGACGAAAGGGCAGCGGAGCCAGCAAGAGCUGUGCCCCCCCAUGCCUCAGUUUCCCUUUCUGUACAAGCUAAGCAGCUCUAUAAAC